UUAAGUAGCUCAUGGUUCUCCAACGCUUCCUCCUCGUGACCUACCCUGCCCAGAGUCACAUAAACCCUGCCCUCCAACUCGCCAAGCGUCUCAUCGCCAUGGGCGCGCACGUCACCAUUCUCCUCACUCUCCACGUUUACCGCCGCAUCUCCAACAAACCCACCAUCCCCGGCCUCUCCUUCCUCCCCUUCUCCGACGGCUACGACGCCGGCUUCGACGCCCUCCACGCCACCGACUCGGACUUCUUUCUCUACGAGUCCCAACUCAAACACCGCACCUCCGACUUACUCUCCAAUCUCAUCCUCUCCAGCGCCAGCGAGGGCCGCCCUUUCACUUGCCUGCUCUACACCCUCCUCCUUCCCUGGGUUGCUGACGUGGCGCGCCAAUUCUACCUCCCCACGGCGUUGCUCUGGAUCGAACCCGCCACGGUUUUGGAUAUUCUUUAUCACUUCUUUCACGGCUACGCCGAUUUCAUCAACGACGAAACCAAAGAGAACAUUGUGCUUCCGGGAUUGUCGUUUUCGCUUUCGCCACGCGACGUUCCGUCGUUUUUGUUGCUGUGGAAACCGAGUGUGUUUUCUUUUACUCUCCCGUCGUUUGAGAAUCAGAUUAAACAACUUGACCUAGAAACCAACCCAACGGUGCUUGUGAACACCUUUGAAGCUUUGGAAGAAGAAGCGUUGAGGGCCAUUGAUAAGAUCAACAUGAUCCCCAUCGGGCCGUUGAUUCCUUCUGCGUUCUUGGACGGGAAUGACCCAACUGAUACUUCGUUUGGUGGGGACAUUUUUCAAGUCUCAAAUGAUUACGUUGAAUGGCUUGACUCAAAGGAAGAGGAUUCGGUGGUUUACGUUUCAUUUGGUAGCUACUUUGAGCUUUCUAAGAGACAAAUGGAGGAAAUUGCACGUGGGUUAUUAGAUUGUGGACGUCCAUUUUUGUGGGUCGUUAGAGAAAAGGUAAUUAAUGGAAAAAAAGAAGAGGAGGAGGAGCUUUGUUGUUUCAGAGAGGAAUUGGAGAAGUGGGGGAAGAUAGUGACAUGGUGUUCUCAGGUGGAGGUUCUUUCGCAUUCUUCUGUGGGUUGUUUUUUAACACACUGUGGGUGGAAUUCGACCAUGGAAAGCCUUGUUUCUGGGGUUCCAAUGGUGGCGUUUCCUCAGUGGACUGAUCAGAUGACCAAUGCGAAGCUCAUAGAAGAUGUGUGGAAGAUAGGGGUGAGAGUGGAUCAUCACGUGAACGCAAAUGGGAUAGUUGAAGGAAAGGAAAUUGAGGCAUGUUUGGAUGUGGUGAUGGGGAGUGGUGACAGAGCAAGUGAAUUUAGAAAGAAUGCUAAGAAAUGGAAGGUUUUGGCUAGGGAUGCUGCGAAAGAAGGUGGCUCUUCAGAGAAGAAUCUGAGGGCAUUUGUGGAUGAUGUUAGACAAAAAUUUAUGCAUACACAUGUGGGUGAAUAUUAAUUAAGUUCGUCUCUAACUAGCUAGUAGUAAGCUGUAAUGUGUUAUUGUAUGCUUAUGAUGCAUGGCUUCAAACAUUGAAAGAUGAACUGAAAAAAUUAAGAAAUUAUCAGUCAGUUAAUAAAAAUGUGCGAAAAUGGAAUA